AUGGGAUCCGUGAAGGAAGAUGACCGGCAUAUCCAGCAAUCUUCGAUUUCCUGCCCCCGAGUGUGCGAAAUCGAGACAUCAAGUGACCCGGAAGGAUACCGAGUUCGGAGAGUGGAUUUCAACGAGCAUUUCAAAUGCUUGGUUUCAACAGAACCGGAUCAGCUUUUGGCGCGACUGACGUGGUGCAUAGAUUCGGGAUUGGCGGAUGGUGCCAGAGAGGUUGCUUCGUUCCAGCAGGCGCUUUUCUCGUCGGACAAAUUUCGACGUUUCGAGGAUUUCAUCCGCCUGAAUAACGGCGCGCUCGAUCCGCCGAUACUGUGCGUGGACUUCACAAUCAUCGGUUUCGAGGUUCACAUAUCGGCGCUGUCUUUGGCCGCAGCAAAAUUCGCCGAGAUUCUUGCCGCAAUGGACUUGGCAGAUGUCGACGGCCGGACCAUCACAAUCGAGAACAGUUCGGCAUCAAGUCCAGAGAAUGAGACUCUAGCCGCCCUUGUCGGGAAAGAGCACCGAUUCGCCAGGCUGCUGAGCUUCCUCAACAGACCGAUUUCCCUGAGCCGUAAUGGCUUGAGUGAGCGGAUAAGUCAGUUGAUGCCGACUCGGAGAAAGGUUCUGAUUGUUAGAGGUGCUCAAGACGUCGAUCAACUCAUCAGGAUAGCACAGAAAUUCGUAUCGCUUGUCAAGUGUCCGAAGCCCGUCAUCGAUCUCGCUGGGAAGAGAGAAGAUCCAAUGACCGCGCCAGAUAUCGAGAACAUUAAGAAAAUGGUCGUGAUUUGUUCGAGUGCAAUGCCCAGACUUGUCGUCACAUGGCUUCUGCCAGGACCAGAUGCGAACGAUUAUCGGUGUAAGCCACUCAACUACUUGGCCUAUUUGGUGCAACAAGAGUAUUGUGGCGGCUUAUUACAUCAACUCCGAGAGCAGGAUCUCGCCAGUCACAUUCAGGUCGUCGUUCCAGAAGAUAGCGUUGAAAUCAACAAGCAUUGGAGUGUCUUCCGCGUCAUUUUCAUGCUCACGUCAAGAGGAGUUCUAUUCAAGGAACGGAUACUCGCCGCUCUCUUCGAUUAUUUAAGUCACAUCCAGAGAGACGACAUUCUCGAGUGGAUAUAUGGGGAGGCAGCGAUGAGCUGCCGACUAAAAAGCGAGUACGAUUCUCAACCGUAUCUCCGCAGUCGGAAAACGCUGUGCAGAGCCAUAUUGAAUCACGCACCGGAAGAUUGCUUCGACAGAUCUCAUCUCAUGUUGGAAUUCGAUCCUCAGCUUAUAAGCUCGACGAUUUCGCGUCUUUCGAGAUCAGCCUUUAACGUCAUUCUUGAGGGCGAUUUCGACGUGUCCGAUUUCCCGGACGCCGAAGCUCAUCCAAGCGUGGGGCUCAUAAUGGAUAUGCCUAUCAUAGAUCGAGGGUCGGGGAAAUGGUCAUUCACGAGAUACGAACCUAACGAGUUGAUGCCCCGGAAGCUCGAGAUCCGUCGCGAACAGCGUUUCGUCGAGAAUUAUCCAAAUGUCAUCUCCAAGUCAGGAUCGCAUCGGUUGUGGUAUCAGUUCCGGGACUUGAACUCACCGAAAGUCUUCUGCUUCCUGAAUUUCGUCGGGGAGCCUGUAAGCUCCGCUAAAUGGUUUGUGUCCGCAGAGCUUGCAUGUGCCCUCUUGGAGCGAGAGUUGCUCACUCGCCGGUCCGCUGAGGCCGGCAUCGAUUUACAGGGUGCGGUUACAAGCUCUGGAAUCUCGAUCUCAAUUGAUGCUGCUAACGAAUCACUGGACACAUUCAUGGGGUGCGUGGUUCGGCGCAUCCGAAGCACCGAAAUUUCACCGAAGCUUUUCAGCGAGUGUCAUGCCGAUAUGAUCGAGAGCUAUCGUCUGCGAACCACUAACGCGGGACUGGCUGAGAACAUGUUUGAACAAAUGCACAGCGGCGAGUUGGACCUGCACAAGAAAAUUGCGGCCGCCGAAGCAUUGCAGGCAGAAGACAUAGCGAACGUCCGCAGAGACAUGAGCGGACGUCUCUUCAGAGAUUGUUUCAUCUUCGGUAAUUAUAGCUCAGAUGAUGCCCUUCAGACGGGACAAGUAAUCGAUGAACUCGGUUCGGAUCCUCGGUUUCCGCCUCCGAAGGCUGCCCCGCUUGAAAACCCGCGUUUUGAAGAUCGGUUUCAUCCGGGAAGUCUCUCGGAUCGAAAAGCGAUAUUCUUGCUUUACUAUCAGUGGAAAGGAAUAAGCGACGUGAGAAACGCUUUUUUCCUGGAAAUUCUGACGGAUUUCUUCAAUUCGCGAAUCCGUAUCGGCGAUUGUGCUGUUUACUGCAUGCCAAGAUCUCGCAAUGAGGAAAGCACGGGGUUCACCGUCGAGCUCGCCUGUGAUAAAGAAAGUUUGGAUCGUAAUCGCGUGCUGCUGGAGAGAACACUUAUUCAACUUGUUACUGAAUUCUCCGACGAUCAAGAUGAGAUCGCUCAAGCUUUCUCGUCGGGGAAGAAGCGUUUCAAAAGAUGCCGCGAAGCAACGAUCACAUCGAAAUGCUCUCUCAUGGCGAGAGAAGCUCGAGCUCACUUCACCGAAAUCGUGAACGCGACUUAUCGUUUCGGAAAGUGCUUUGAAAUCGAAAAUGCUGCUAAUAGUCUCGAGUCGGGGGUGUUCUAUAAUUGGAUACAAGAAGCCAUCGCCAGCGGUUGCCUGAGACAACCCGCAUGUCGUGUACGAGUCGGAUAG